UGAAUAUGUAGAAAACGACAUACACGGUAGAAAGCUUGUUAUUAGCUCUUAUACACGUCUUGACGGUGGAAUCGGCAAGGCAUGAAAUUCCAUGCGGAGGUUUCAGGGUUUAUGCUCGCAGAGUAGAUGAAGAAAGGACUAAGGAGCGCAUCGCGACGAUGUAGUUGUCAUUAAUCCCAGAAAUUCACUAUAUUAACGUUGCUAGAAGAUUUGCAUGAUAUCGGUUCUCUGGAAGAAUUCCUUUUGUUGAUCAGUAUUUGCUCUGAAUCUCCUAAAUUCAAUUAAUGAAUGAGUUCCCCUUUCUUUUAUGCAUUCAUGCAUUGAAGCGGUGGGAUUGUUGAACUGCAUUCUCGACUUACAGGGAAAGUUGAUUUUGUUGUGUAUAAUACUUUUUGAGUUAAAGUUCAAUAGGCCAUGGCUGGAUUGGAAGAAUUAAAAAAGAAGCUUGUACCACUUUUUGAUGCUGAAAAAGGAUUCUCAUCUGGAUCAACAUUGGAUCCUUCUGACUCAUACAUGCUUUCUGAUGGGGGUACCUUGAAUUUGUUGAGUCAAUCAUACGGUGUGUACAACUUUAAUGAGCUUGGAUUGCAAAAGUGCACUUCAUGGCCAGUUGAUGAUGCUGAUCAUGGUGAAAAGACAUAUAGGUGUGCUUCACAUGAGAUGAGGGUUUUUGGAGCCAUAGGAAGUGGUGCAAGCAGUGUUGUACAGAGAGCUAUUCAUAUACCCACUCACAGAAUAAUUGCCUUGAAGAAGAUUAAUAUCUUUGAGAAGGAGAAAAGGCAACAGCUUCUUACUGAAAUAAGAACCUUGUGUGAGGCACCUUGUUAUCAAGGUCUUGUUGAAUUCUAUGGAGCAUUUUAUACUCCAGAUUCUGGGCAAAUAAGCAUAGCUCUAGAAUACAUGGACGGAGGGUCUUUAGCUGAUAUCAUAAGAUUACGUAAACGCAUACCAGAACCAAUACUAUCUUCCAUGGUUCAGAAGCUUUUACAAGGGCUUAGUUAUUUGCAUGGAGUUCGCCAUUUGGUUCACAGAGAUAUAAAGCCAGCAAAUUUACUUGUCAAUCUCAAGGGGGAGCCAAAGAUAACAGAUUUCGGUAUAAGUGCUGGUUUAGAGAACUCAAUGGCAAUGUGUGCUACCUUCGUUGGUACUGUUACAUACAUGUCACCUGAAAGAAUUCGAAAUGAAAAUUAUUCUUAUCCAGCUGACAUUUGGAGUCUUGGACUUGCACUUUUUGAAUGUGGCACGGGUGAAUUCCCAUAUUCAGCUAAUGAAGGGCCUGUUAACCUCAUGUUGCAGAUCCUUGAUGAUCCUUCUCCAACACUAUUGCGCCAUGAAUUUUCUCCAGAGUUUUGCUCAUUUGUUGAUGCUUGUCUUCAAAAAAAUCCAGAUACCAGGCCAACAGCAGAGGAGCUUCUUUCACACCCAUUCAUUACCAAGUAUGUGGAUUCUGGAGUUGACUUGGGUGCAUUUGUCAGAAGCAUUUUUGAUCCAACACAGAAGAUGAAGGAUCUGGCAGAGAUGUUCACGAUACACUACUAUUUAUUGUUCGACGGAUCAGAUGACCUUUGGCAACAUACUAGGACACUAUAUAGAGAAUCCUCCAUUUUCAGUUUUUCUGGGAAAGAAUCUGUUGGGCCAAAUGAUAUACUUACAACAUUAUCAAGUAUACGAAGUACACUGGCUGGUGAAUGGCCUCCAGAAAAGCUUGUGCAUGUUGUGGAGAAACUCCAGUGUCGUGCUUAUGGUCAAGAUGGAGUUGCGAUUCGUGUUUCGGGAUCAUUUAUUGUUGGUAACCAGUUUCUCAUAUGUGGGGAUGGUCUACAAGUUGAGGGCAUGCCGAAUUUUAAAGAUCUCUCUCUGGAUUUACCCAGCAAGAGAAUGGGGACAUUUCAGGAGCAGUUCAUGAUAGAACAGGGAAGUGCCAUUGGGCGCUACUUCAUAACCAAACAAGAGCUUCAUAUUGCUCAAUAGAGGAUGUGACAUCAUCUCGCGGUUCUUGCCCUGUUUUUCCCAAUGAAGAUUUCCCAGAUGACCAUCUGAUAUCAAUCUGUUGCUGACAAUUGUGCCAAGAAGCAAAUGUAGGUUUUGGGUUGUACUGGUUGAUAAUUACCACAUCCGUCCGCAUAAAAUAACUACUCUCUGCAUUACUAAUGUUAUUUCUCAAAUUAUGCCGUGUGUUGUUGUUGGUCCUUUUUGGGUGGGCUACAUUGUCAUGUGAUGUUUGUAUCAUUUUAUGCAAAAGGGCAUUGCCUACUUUAGUCCCAAACUCCCAAUUGUGUACAUCUUUGGUGAAGGCUAAUAAAAUCUAGUAAUUGUAGUA